CGCAUGCGCAGCAUGACUUUCCCCUGUGUUGCUAUGGGAGCUGUCAGGAGGAGGCUUCGGGAGGCUCUGGAGUAGCCAGCCUCCCUGCUUCCUGUGUCUCGGCCUCGUCUUCGGGCGCGGAGCCCCCUCCCUCUCUUCGGGGGACGGUUGCCACGGCGACGGCGCCUUUGCUCGGGGCCGCCUAGAGAUGCGCCAGGCCCGGGAAGAUGGCGCGCCCCCAGAUCAUCCACAGCGGCCACUUCAUGGUGUCGGAGCCCCACGCCGAGCCCGAGCCGGACCCCGAGGCGGAGCUGAGCCCGGCCCGACGGGAGGGCCCGGGGCCUUGCGCGGCGGACCAGGCCUCGGCCUCGGGGCAGGGCCUAGGCGCGGGGGGCCAGGGGACCUGCCUGGUCUACCGCUACGGGCCGCGGAGCAGCGGGGCCCUCAACAUCGACGCCUCGCUCUCCAAGCUCUUCGAGUGCAUGACUCUGGCCUACAGUGGCAAAAUUGUCUCUCCCAAAUGGAAAACCUUCAAGGGAUUGAAUUUACUGCAGCGUGACAAGAUCCGACUAAACAAUGCCAUAUGGAGGGCCUGGUAUCUCCAGUAUGUGGAGAAGCAGCAGAAUCCUGUGUGUGGUUUUGUGACUCCACUGGAGUGCAGUGAUGUAGAUGAGCACCGCAAGCCUGAGGCUGUCAUCAUGGAGGGAAAGUACUGGAAACGGCAAAUUGGGGUUGUUAUUAGGGAGUAUCACAAAUGGAGGACAUUUUUCCAUACUCAGGUCCAAAAGAAGCUGGAUAAACCAAUCUGUGGUCCUAUUCAGGAAGUAGAGAGUGUUUUUCCAGGGAUAGAGAUGAACAGUGAAAUGGCAAGUGGAAGCCCCAUGGAUCUUGACCCUUUGCAUGAUCUGGAAGCUUUUCUUGACACCAUCUACUCCAGCCGCAACCCUUAUGGUGGCCCCAACCUACGUGGCCUUGGUAAAGCUCAUCAGGGUAAUGCAGACAUGAUCCAACCCACCCUGACCCAACUGCACCCCAUCUUUGGAGAGGAGUUCAUGGACACCUUGGACCCUAUUCAUGAAUUCAUCAAUUCUUGCCAUUCUCAGCCUGCAGUCCAGGCUCCUGCACUGGUGACAGACACUUCUGCCUUGGGCCACUCUGACCCAGAUCUGCCUACUAUUGUCUCUGGUGCUUCCAAACUCCCAUCUCCUGGAUACUCUCUGAUGCCCUUGUCCCUUUCGCCGGAUGUGAAGCCACCUGCACCUCACAAUGGACAACAGACUUUCCUCCCAUCCUUCCAUCCUUCUCCACAGAGGACCAGUCCUCCACCAGCUCCUUCUGUCUUGCACGUACAGCCUCAGAUUGCCUUGGUCUUCUCUGUUAUCACACAGACUGGAUCAGAAAAUAACUCCUUACCAACCUCAGGCCCAUCGGAAAGUACUUUUGCUGUACCCACAUCUUCUCCCACAGCCAUGGGAGGAAGGUGCAGACAGCUGCAACGGAUUGCUCCAGCUCCCUCCUCUAGUCAACAACCAUCGCCUCCUUGUACCACCUUCACCCGCCUCCUUACAACUGGUCCUGCCCCACUGCCCCUCACCUCAGUCACGAACUCUUCACAGGAUAGUGACACCCAGAAGCUCUCUACCAAUGUGUCACUCAGUGCAGUCUCUGCAACAGAAAAGUAUCCUUUGCCUCCUCCUGCCUCCCCUGACACAGGUGCCAAGACUCGGGAGAGAUGUGAGGAGAAAAUUCUUUGCGGUCCCCAAGAAAUGUAUAAGCGCCAGUCUGCCAAGGGAAGCUGCCGUUCCAGUUUUGCUUCUUCUGAUUGUGCUCGCCGUAUGAUCAUCAGUUCUGGCUUCAACACUCUUGCUAGCCUGGUGUUGCCAGGAUCUGAUCAGAACAAUGCUAAGCUCAGCAAAGCAUUGUUACUGCAAAAGAGCGUGGCUUACGUCAGGAGACUGCAGCAGGAGCGCCAACAAGCUCAGGAGACAGUAGAAAGUCUACGCAGUGAGAUUGAGGAGCUGAGCACUGCCAUUGAUGAGUACCAGCGCCAGCUGCCACCUAAUGGAGCUCCUGUGUUACCGCCACAGUCAGACCAGGCUUCCCAGCUCUAUGAGGACUACGUGCACCAGCGGACCUUGCAGGACUGGCGCUUCUGGCUUUUCAGCGUGGUGAUUAAGCCUCUGUUUGAGAGCUAUACUAGAACAGUGAACACAACCAGCAUCAAGGAGUUCCGCCAGUCAGUAUUAAGUUGGUUGGAGCAGCACUGCACCCUGCCCAUCUUGCGUCCUGCUAUAUCUGGUUCCCUCCUAAACCUCAGCAAGAUCACAUCUAUAUUGACGCAGCCAGCCCAACUACCCGAACAAGCCCUUCGAGCAGUGUCUUGCCCUCCACACCGCAAGGGCAACAGCUAGGAUGAAGAUUGGGUCCACUUGUCUAUGCAUGUCCUAAACUGCCCUAUAUGCUGUCAAAACAGCCAACAGCAGGGACCUCUUACCUCUAACUCAGGGAUUCAUUUAUCUGGAAAAGAAGGAUGCUAUCCUGUGUGACACUGUUGGGGUCCCAAGUGCUAAAGGCAAUAUCUUGGGAUUCACUUUGGUGCUGGCCAACAUCUUGACUCUUCCUCUAUUGCAGAACAAAGUAUGGACUCAAGAUAGUAGAGUGAGGGAAACAGAGCACCAAGUCAGAAUAAAAGUGCAUUCUCUUAGACAUUGGGUGACAGGCAUAGCUUUACUCAAUUUUGGAAUAGCAAAAUGUGUCUUCCCUUUUUUGUUUCCCCACCAGAGGGUAGUGAAGUGGCUUUUGUAGGCACUCUUGUUACAGAGAUUUUCUAUUCUUUAUCAUCUGUGGCUUUGAAAAUUGAUGACUAUUCUGUCAACAGUAUUCACCACAAUUUGUUUAUGGUUUGGAAGAACUUGCUUUGCACUACAGCAUGAUGGCAGAUUUCAUCUACGCAAUCAUAUCUGCCAGACUCUUGUAAGUACAGUUUAAUCACUUCCCUAGGUUUCAUUCCAGCUCCAAGAUCAUAAACAUAAAUA